AUGAGUGUCCAACUACCCCCACCUACGCACCGCAAGCGCGCACUGCCACAAGGCGAGCUCGAAGCCGCCUCCACGCUCAAGCUAGGCGCUGACCAACACACACACACUCUCUCGCUAUCCGAAGCACGACUGGUUAUCCACAAGGUGUUGGAGAACAAGCGGCGCGGGGGGAAUAAAUACGAAGAGCCGGAGAACUUGACCAAGACCUUGGAUUACUUGGACGUGUUUGCCCGGUUCAAGGAUGAGGAGAAUAUCAAGGCCGUCGAGCGACUUUUGAACUCUCACACGGAGCUGGAGAUGUUUGAGCGGUCACAGCUGGGCAGUUUAUGUUGUGACAAUGCCGAGGAGGCCAAGUCUCUCAUCCCGAGUCUCCAGAACAAGAUCUCGGACAGCGACUUGCAGGAAUUGCUAGAUGAGCUGACCAAGCUGCGCAACUUCACCGAGUAA